AUGCUGCAAGCACGACUCAAAGAACUGCUAUCAUGGCUGAAGCUGGACUGGCACACGGCAAAGCUGACCAUCAAGAGCUCCAUCCCACCCGCCGUCCUCGUUUGCGCCAUCCAGUCCGACGCGUGGAUUUCCUACUUUGGCCAGAAUGCCUACCUCGCGCCCAUCGCCGCCGCCAGCGUCAUGGCGGGCUUUCCACAGGGCAUGAUGCUCGAGUUCAACGCCAAGCAGACGCUGGGCUACACCGUCGCGUACUGCUGGGCGCUGCUGGCCGGCUGGUGCGGCUUGCAGGCACGGAAGCACACGACGGGCGCGGCCGGGGACCUCGCCGCCUACAAUGCCUCGGCGGAGGCUGUCGUGGCCGUGAUGCUGGCGUUCGGCAUGUGGGUUGCCUUCACGGUGAAGUCGGCGUUUCCUUCUUGGAACAUUCAGACGUCUGUUGCCGCCAUCCUCGGCAUCGCCAUGAUCCCAGCCCUCGCCCGGCUGUCCACUAUGGAUAGCAUCAUAAAAGAUGCUACGAAUGCCUUCGUGGCAUUUCUAGCUGGACAGGCCGUAGGGCUUGUCAAUGCCUUGCUGAUUUUCCCACAGACGUGUAGGGGUCUCUUUGGCAGAGCUGCCAUCUCUUGUCUUGAUGCACUGGGUGCGAUCGUGCGUGCACAAGAGAUGUGCAUCCAGGAUGUUGUAUCUGGGACUAUACCCUCAUCCUCCACCGACACAACGGAGACUAAAUCAGUUGAGAAUCUUGAGGGUGCUCUGCAGCAACUGGGCAACGAGGUUGCCAAGGCGAACGGCCUCGUCGACCAUGCAGCGCGAGAGAUUUCGUGGGGUACAUACACCCAGUCAGAACUCGACACUGUUUGCGCCCUUCUGGUGCAGCUUGUGCCCCCGAUUUCGGGACUGAGCUUGGUGGCGGACAUGAUGCAACGGGGAGCAGAUGUCUCCAGCGUAAUCGGCCACCACAAACAAGCAGAUGGUGAGAAUCAGACGAAACAACGACCGGAUGACUGGCAAAAUACCGAGUCGGAAAUGCAAGAACAGCUGCGCUGUAUGAUAGAGAUGAUAUCAGCCGGGGCGGAUCAUGCCAAGUUACGACUUCGACAGAGUCAGAAGCGGAAUUGGAUCGGUGUCGCGAGUGACAAGUCCGACGAAGAAAGCCAAGGAGCAGCCAGCCCUGGUGGAGCACGAUUUACCGGCUCUUAUCAUGACAUGUUCAAGGAGGGCGGGGAGCAGAGCUUGAGCCGCCAGCGAGUGCUACAUCGCUACAUGCAGCAUCGCCCACAGGUCGGAGGGAUAGAGAGCAUGUCUUCCGACAAGCAUGCAGAAACCCUGCGGUACUUUGUGCUCCUUCACUCCCAAACUAUUCUGGUCGCUUUGGGGCGCAAGCUCCUCAAGCUCAUCAUCUACCUGGAUGACCUCCACGGCCGUCCUAGGCGGCUCGUGGUACCCAGAUUUCUGUCGCUGAGCCAUUGGAGUGGUCUUUUCAAUUUCAAUCUUACGAAAACGCCAUCAGGAGAGGCCCGGAAACGAGCUGACGGCCUCAAAGUCGAGCUGGAUCCUGUGUUCCACAAGCCGCGGAACCCAGACCAUCUGCCGGCCACCAAUACCACAGAGGCCGUGGGUGAUUGCAUCAGAAAGGCCAGCCUGGUGCUUCGUACUGAGCACGCUGCGUAUGGGUUGCGUGGUGUCUGCGCCGUCAUGACGAUUGCCAUUGUCGGGUUCCUGCGCGACUCGCAGGAUUUCUACUUUGCUCAGCGACUUCUGUGGGCGCUCUUUGCCAUCUUGCUGUCUAUGGGCCGUACAUCAGGAUCCUCGACAUUCCUCCUCAUGUGUCGCUUGCUUGGAACCAUGGCAUCCAUGGUGGCCAGCUACAUCAUCUGGUACAUCGUCGACCAACGCACACCUGGUGUUUUGGUCUUUAUGUGGCUCUGGUUUCUGGUCAUCAGCUUUCUCACCGUGCGAUUCCCUGCCCUGUUCAGCAUCUGGUUUGUUGCUCUUAUAGCCGCGAUUGUCAUGAUUGGUAUUGAGCUUCAGACUGCGCAAAUUGGAGAAGAAGUCGUUGAGAAGUCUGGCCAGGCCGUCUAUCCACCCUACGUCAUCUUCCCAUACCGACUAGCCAUCGUCGCCCUCGGCGUUAUUACUGGCUAUGUAUGGACCGUCUUCCCGUACCCCAUAUCGGAACACUCAGAGUUGAGAGAGAGCACAGCUCAGGUUCUGUAUGAGCUGUCGCGAUAUUACAUGUGCAUCCAGCAAACCGUAUUCGCACGUCUGCAUCGCGACAUAGGCGAUGCAGAUGAUGCGUCAAGUCCGAGUUCGCGGCUGCAGUCUUCGCUCCGUCGUCUCUUUCUCAAGUAUCGCGGCCUGAACGCCGACGCGAAGAGGCUGUUCCAGUUCUUGAAUUGGGAAUUUUCACUUGGCGGCCGAUUUCCCAAGAAAGCAUACAAGGAAAUAUUAUCUAUCCUUGAUCGUUCAGGAAGCUACAUGGCGCUCACAAGUUACCUAUCCAAAGAAUCCAAGUCCCCAGGCGUAAUUGCAGCUUGCUGGGCCGAAAGCGGGACGGGAGUGCCAAGCAUCGACCUGACACCGCAUGGGAUUGCGUCAAGAAUUAUCAUCCUACACUCUGCUUUAGGCGGGGGUCAUCCUCUACCUCCUGGCCUGCACCCGCUCGGGAUGCCGCACCUGCUCCAGAUUUCAGGGGAUAUCAACUCCAAAGACUACGACUUUGCCAUUGCGGCGUUGAUCCACAAUGUUCAUUGGUAUUUCAUCCAUGAUGUGAAUCGUUUGACUGAGCUGGUCAGGGAAGUAGUUGGUGAACUGCGCUUCUCCUUCAUAGACGAUCUCGAAAGUGCCGCAGCGAAUUAA